AUGAACGCAGCAGCCCCCGAGCCCGCCCAGCCACGGUGGCAGCAAGUCCUUCAACGGGCCGCAACCCUAAUCCUACACCAAUGGCUCCUAAUCGGGAUCGGCAUCGUCUGCGUGCUGGCAUACUUCUUCCCGAACGUGGCCAAACACGGCGGCACAAUCCGCUCCGAGUACAGCAUCCUCUACGGGGUGAUAGCGAUAAUCUUUCUUAUCUCAGGGCUAAGCAUCCCUCGCCAGAAACUAUUAUCGCAGUUCCUGAACUGGCGAUUACACCUGAUCGUGCAGACGAUCUCAUUCCUUUUUAUUCCAGCGCUGGUCCUGGCCGUCGUGCAUAUUAUCCUUGCUGCCGAUGCCGGUGGGAAGAUUGACCGCGCCGUGCUGGCGGGGUAUAUAUUUACAGCUUGUAUUCCGACGACGAUUGCGUCGAACGUCGUUAUGACAAGGGCUGCGGGGGGCGACGAUGCGGCUGCUUUGGUGGAAGUUUUGCUGGCUAAUAUUCUUGGUCCGUUCGUUACGGCGGCGUGGACUGUGUCGUUGAUACCGAGGACGGGCGAGUUUGAGCCCUGGCGGUAUGGGGGUGGGAGCUUGGGGAGUAUGUAUAAGGAGGUGUUUCAGCAGCUGGGGCUGAGUGUGCUACUGCCGCUUUUUGUUGGGCAACUUGUGAGGUGGACUUGGCCGGAUCGCACUGCCCGGGUCUUGGAGAAGACUAAGCUGCCGAAGCUGGCUAGUGUCUGUAUGUUGUUGUUGAUCUGGACUACGUUUUCUUCCUGCUUCGCAACCGGGGCACUCCAGACCCUUUCCACCCAGAGCGUGGUAUUUGUGGUUCUCUUUAAUAUCUUACUUUACAUCACUUUGACGGCGGUGUGUUUCUUCUGCGCAAGACCACCGUGGAUAUUCAGCUCUCGCGGCUGGUCAAAACCCAUAUUUAGACGCAUGUCGCCGGAAGAGACCAUUGCAGUGUGCUUCUGCGGGCCAGCAAAGAGCACUGCACUCGGUAUUCCACUACUUUACGCAAUGUGGCAGCCGGUUGAUCUCUUCACGAAGGCCAAGACGUCGGUGCCGGUACUACUUUAUACCACGGAGCAGAUUUGCGUGGCACAUUUCUUUGUUCAGCUGUUUCGGAGGUGGCAUGCCAGGGUCAACGAAAAGGAGAAUUCAGAUAGUGGGACGCACGAUGAUGUUGAAGUUGGUAUGGUUGAGGGUCCGCGUGGAGAUCACGCUGGACGUCAUGAGGUUACGGCUGCUUGA